AUGCUCCUUUCUAGCCGCUCCAAUCCACCCAAGCCGUUGAAAUUUGGCACCACAAAAUCAGACCGCUAUCUAUCCAUCAAACACCUGUUGCCUUCGACACCAAUACCGUCGCCCUCGCUGCCGUCAAUCCUUCCACGCCAUGGCAAGAAACCGCCCAAGCUCAACUCACGCAAAAUCGUCCGCAGCAUCCUGUGGCUCUCAUUCUUGAUCGGCGUUUACUAUCUCGUCUCAUUCGGCAAGCGCACAUCGCGCCAACUCGCGGAGCUGACCUUUCUCACGUCGUUGGGCAAGACAUACGAGAUCAUCGAGGCCUCGGAACUGCCCGAUUAUCCCACGCCUCUGGCCGUGACGGACGCCACAGGGAAGCACUACUGGACGAUCUCCAUACCUCAAAAUCUACCCUUCCCGCUUCCUCCCACCGACUACGCCGACAUCUGUUCCCAGGCCCUGGAAGUCGGGAGGCACGUUGUGGCCAAGCCCUCCAAACCGAAACCCGAACACACCGCCACCUACUAUCACGAGGAUGCGAGUUUCAUCGACGUGGCCGAAGCGCAAGCUCGGAAUUUCCUGCCUCCCGAACCGUCCUCGAUAGCGCAACACAGCUCCAAAGACGGCCCCCUUCCUGUAUGCGACCGAUCGUUGACCUACAUCCUCGACGCCACGGACGCGGGCCUCGGCUCCGCCCUCCUGGGCAUCUGGCUCUCGUACAGCCUCGCGCAACGCGAGGGUCGCGCCUUCUUCAUCGACGACACGCACUUUCCCUACGGGAACUAUUCCACAUUCUUCACCAGCAUGCCGCAACCUGAUCCUCCAUGUCGCCUACCACCGGUCUCCCACCGUGUGCCCUGCCCUCACCAAGCCAAUCAUCUGGUCGUCUCCGCCGCGACAACGCCCUGGGUUUUUGGACAGGCCUUCCACGCGCACUUUUCGCGACGCGAAAUCUUCGACCUCGCCCACGAGGGCUACGAAGCCCUCUUCCACCUUCGGCCCGAGGACGCCGCCUACGCGCUUAAUCGGGCCAGUAAGCUCCGCGCGGCAGCUAACGACAACGGCAGUGAUGGCGACACCGACACCGACAGCGACGCGGCCGUCGAGAACGGCCUCGUGGGGAUCCACAUCCGGCGCGGCGACCGCCACCCCUUCAGCCUGGCGUACUCGCAGAACUACAUCCCGCCAGAGCAGUACAUGAGCACGGCGCGCCGGCUGGUGGGCCAGUCGCCGCACUGGCGGUUCCUGGUGGCCAGCGACGACGCCGACAUGUACGAGCACGUGGAUCUCGGGGGCGCGCGGCGGGCGCAGGAGAAGAUCUCGCUCGCGAGCAAGAAGUCGUUGGAGCGCAUGGGGCACAAAGGCGGCGAGGUGCAUGGCGGACGCGGCGGCCGGGGAGCCCUGGGCUGGGAGGGCGGCUUCUUCAAGGACGUCUUUUGGGGAUUGGGCCUGCCGGAGGAGUUGAAGUGGGAGACCAAGAAGGUGGGGAGUCCCAUGCCCAUGAAGGAGAAGCAUCGGUUCGGGGAAAAGGGCGCGGACGGGCGCGAGAAGAGGGUCCAUCAUCAUGAAGCUGCGCAUCGGGGGAGAAAUAAGGUGGCUGCGAGAGAGGCGGAGACCCUCGCCAAUGAAAACACAAAGGAAUCGGUGCGACAGGAUGGGGAUGUGGCACAAAGGGAUUAUCGCACCGACCCUACGAAAGAGGCGCUGCAGUUGAGAGAACUGCUGGGGAGGGCCUACUUGCUGGAUCUGGCCAUGUUGGCGCAGAGCGACAAGGUCGUGUGUGGCGUGUCGGCCAACGCGUGUCGCAUCCUGGCCGUCAUGCUGGGGUGGGAACGCGCGUUUGAGAAGAAAGACUGGAACAAUGUGGAUGGCGGGUACGAAUGGAGAAUCAUGGACUACUGA